GACAAAGACUUUGAACUAAAACCCUAAACCCGAGAUCUUACCCAAAACUCUACCAUUCUCUUUUGCGCUUUGGCUCUGUUACGAAUUCUCUACAAUAAUGGCUUCAAGGUGUAGUAGAAUUAUAAAUAGGGCUUCAAUUUCUUCAAUCAGAUCUGCAAUUAAACUCAAUUCCCAAUCAGCUCCUUCUACGACGUCGUUUUCUAGUUUCUCUGCUUCAACCAGAUCUACUUCGUCUCCUCUUCGACGUUUCUCCAUUUCAAGAAUUCCGUCGGAGCUGGGAGGAUUGCAGUCUAUGUUGCCACUACACAAUGCAGUUGCUACAGCGAGGAUGACGUCAUGCCUGAGCUCAACAUCGAGGAGUUGCAGAGCUCUUUCACAGGGUACUCUUUGCUGCACCUCUCCAGACCUCUAGCAUUGUUCAUUUAUUACUCCCCCAAAAUAAAAAAAAGCACAUGACUUUCCAAAAGCAUGAAAGAAAUAGACUGGGAUAUGACUGACUGGCCUUCCUAUUUUGCUUAAAUGAUACUGAAGGAACGUGAAAUUUUUUGCUCUUCAGAAGGAGGUUGUAUCUGCUUGAAUUUAGCUACGAGAUAUUUUGCCUUGGCUUUAACCAUGUUUUCAGACGUGUCAUCUGUUUAUUGUAGAGAAAAAGAUGCAUCAGAGAGCCUCCCCUUUUCUUUUUCAAAUACUAGAACACAAAUUUGUCUUGUAUGUAACACCGUAGGUUAAGUUUUUCUUUUGGUGGCAACUGUAUCUGCAAUAAAAUGUAUUUGACUGAUUUAAGGACCUAACCUAACCUAGUUUUGAUAU